AUGAUCAAGUCUACCCAGCUCUCACCAUUCGAAAUUGACACGGGGCGGAAAUGCAACAACGCCAUAACAGGCGACUCCAGGGACAACGUGACGAAGAACUAUACAUCUGAGUACGCUAAGAAGUUUGCAGACAGAAGACAAAAGAUCAUCGAAUUUGCACGGAAGAGCUUGGAGUAUGCUCAAGAGAAACAAAAAGAGUGUUACGACAGGAAACGCAGCAGUGUUACGUUUAUUGCUGAAGACAAGGUUUUGCUUGACUCUGGACAUCUCUUUAUGUUUAAUGCUGGAGACAUGGUUAUGCUUGACUCUAGACAUCUCAAUUUACGCCAUCGCAACAACGGUCAAGAUUUAACAAAGUCAAAGCUAGUUGCGAAGAAGAUUAAGCCGUUCAAAAUUAUUAAAAUGAUCAACUAG